AUGAUGACCGCAACUAGGCUAUCUGCCCACCUCUCUAAGCGGGCCGCCAUCCCCGCAUUCCGCAGCCAGAGAUCCUUCAGCUCCGCACGCCCGACCCUGAAGGAGGUGCAGGAAGCCUACAUCCUCAGCGCAGCUCGCACCCCCACCGCAAAGUUCAAUGGCUCGUUCGCCUCCGUUUCGGUCCCAGAGCUCGGCGCCGUCGCCAUCAAGUCUGCCCUGAGCAAGUCCAAUGUGCCCUUGGACAAGAUCACAGAUGUAUAUAUGGGAAAUGUUCUACAGGGUUCGGUCGGUCAGGCCCCAGCCCGGCAGGCAUCUAUCUUUGCCGGCCUGCCUUCCACCGUCGAGUCGAUGACGGUCAACAAAGUGUGCGCGUCUGGUCUCAAGGCGGUGGCCCUGGCUGCUCAAAACAUCCAGCUGGGACUGUCUGAGGCUCAGAUUGCUGGCGGUAUGGAGAAUAUGACUCGAGUGCCAUAUUACAUGCCCCGUUCUAGCCAAUUGCCCCCUUUUGGCGAGAUCAAGCUGGAGGAUGGCCUAAUCAAGGAUGGACUCUGGGACGUAUACAACCAAUUCCACAUGGGCAUUUGUGCUGAGCAGACUGCGAAGAAAUACGAGGUUUCACGCAAGGAUCAGGAUGAAUAUGCUAUCCGCUCCUACGAACGAGCCCAGCAGGCCUGGAAGGAGAACAGAUUUGCCGAGGAGAUCGCCCCAGUCACAGUCAAGAGCAAGAAGGGUGAAGCUAUCAUUGAACGAGAUGAGGGCUACGAGAACCUGCGCAUCGACAAGCUGACCACUCUGAAGCCUGCUUUCCUCCGGGAUGGAACGGGUACCGUCACCGCUGGCAAUGCUUCCACCAUGAAUGAUGGUGCUUCGGCCUUGGUCUUGACCAACAAGGAGCUGGCUCGGGAGUUUGGCCGCGGGGGCCGUGCUCUGGCUCGUAUUGUGUCCUCCGCCGAUGCUGCCAUCGACCCUGUAGAUUUCCCUGUCGCUCCCGCAAAGGCCGUUCCCAUCGCGUUGGAGCGCGCCGGCAUCACCAAGGAACAGGUGGCGGUAUGGGAGUUUAAUGAGGCUUUUGCCGCAGUUAUCAAAGCCAAUGAGAAGAUACUGGGUCUUCAAGAUGCCAAAGUCAAUAUGCUGGGCGGUGCCAUCUCCCUUGGUCAUGCUCUCGGCAGCUCUGGCUCCCGGAUCCUCGUUACCCUGCUUCACCAGCUGCAGCCUGGCGAGUACGGCGUGGCAGCCAUCUGCAAUGGAGGUGGAGCAGCCACCGCCAUGGUUGUGCAGAAACUGGAUCGGGUAGAUUAA